AUGCCGCACCCCACACAUCGCCGUUCAAGCACUUCUCUUGUAGGUCCGCGGCGGCCCAGCCUGUUGGCUCACGGCAGCGUCGAUAUCUCGGAGCUCAAUCUGCUCAAAGAGGAAACCCAUACCGGAGAUCACUUUCUAACCCCAGCACAACUGGAAACUGUUUACCGUACCAACAUCCAGUCUGGGCUUAGUGAAAACUUCGCUAGGGAACUUCUAGAAAAUUAUGGUCCAAAUGCCCUUAAAGAACUUCGAGGCAACAGUUACUGGAAAAUAUUCAAACAUAACCUAUUCGGUUGGUUUCAGUGUGUAUUGUGGGUCGGUGCGAUACUCAAUUUCAUAGCAUAUUUUUGCGCUAAUAAAAUUGAUACAGGUGCAGAGGGAGGGGGAGGCCAUUCAGAUAAAGAAUACCUCUACUUGGGAUGUGUCAUUACAGCUACUAUACUGGGCACUGGACUGUUUGGAUUUUAUCAAGAAGCUAAGAAUAUAGCAGUCAUGAGCGGAUUCGAAAAGUUAGUGCCGCCUAAUGCAAUCGUUAUACGCGAAGGUGUCAAGCAAAUAAUACCCAAUAGUGAAGUUGUACUAGGUGAUAUAGUAGAGAUGACGGGAGGUGAAGUAGUGCCAGCUGAUGUACGCAUAUUGUCUUGUAGUAACUUCAAAACGGAUAUGUCCUCGUUGACUGGAGAAUCAGAACCCGUGCAACACAAACCGGAAUGUACUCAUGCAAAUCCUCUAGAAUCCAAAAAUAUGGUGUAUUUUGGAUGUCCCAUAGUUGAGGGUGCUGCUAAAGGAGUGGUAGUUGCUAUAGGGGAGAUGACUCAAAUAGGAAAAAUAGCUGGACUUGUAACUGGUUUAGAGAAAGAAGAAACUCCUAUCGCCAAAGAAAUAACACAUUUCAUUAAGCUGAUAUGUGGGGUGGCCUUCGUAUUUGGUAUAAUAUUUUUCUUAAUGGUAUAUUUUAUUCAAAAAAGUUGGUUAUCAGCUUUACAAUAUAUGCUCGGUAUAAUUCUCGCUAAUGUACCUGAAGGUUUGAUUGUCACAUUAACAGUUUGCAUGACACUAUCUGCUAAACAAUUGAAAAAGAAGAAUUGUUUAGCCAAAACAUUACAAGCAGUUGAGACUUUAGGAUCAACUUCGUGUAUAUGUUCUGAUAAAACAGGAACACUGACAGAGAAUCAAAUGAACGUGUCCCACCUUUUCUGUGACUUCAAAAUUUAUGAUAACAAUGAUCAUAGUCACGUAUCUGAUCCCUCCUAUUCAUGCUUAUGCUUAGCAGCCUCUCUGAAUCUGAAAGCUGUAUUUGUACAGGAUAGUAUGAAUUUAGCUGUUGACAAACGGAAAGUAUUAGGCGACGCAUCAGAAUCAGCUAUAUUAAGAUAUAUGGAGAUUAAUCGAUCAGCAACUCGAACUCGUGAAGAGAAUCCUAAAGUUGCUGAGAUACCUUUUAGUUCUGCGUACAAAUAUCAAAUAACUAUCCAUCUUAUGCAAGUUACACAAAGUUAUUAUAUAAUUAUGAAAGGUGCACCAGAAAUUAUAAUAGAAUAUUGCGUUCGAGUUCAUACUGAUGAGGGAGAGCAACCGCUGACACCUCAGCUUAAAAAAGAAUUAAAAGCCAAUUUUAUUAAACUUGCGAACAUGGGCGAAAGAGUAAUAGGUUACUGUGAUCUGAAAUUGCCAUUAAAUGAAUACCCUAUUGGAUACAAAUUUGAUACUCACCAGAAAAAUUUUCCUCUAGAAGAGCUUGCCUUUGUUGGCGCGAUUUCCAUGAUAGACCCUCCGAGACAAGAUAUUGAAAAGUCCAUAGCGCUUUGCAGGCAAGCAGGUAUUAAGGUGAUAAUGGUCACAGGUGAUCAUCCUGUUACAGCAUUAGCUAUAUCUCGCAAGUGUGGUACAAUAACACAGCCAACAGCAUAUGAUUAUGCUUUUGAACAUCACAUAGAGCUAGCUGAUGUGCCACCUCAUAUCAAAAAUCAAUUUAAAGCGACUGUUAUAACCGGAGAUGAACUCCGCAAAAUGAGUGUAAACGAUCUUAAAGCGGCACAAACUAAAUAUACAGAAAUCACUUUUGCGAGAACUAGUCCUCAACAGAAACUGUUCAUAGUUGAAACUUAUCAGUCUUUAAAACACGUGGUCGCGGUUACCGGAGAUGGUGUUAAUGAUUCACCCGCUUUGAAGAAAGCAGAUAUUGGUAUUGCUAUGGGUAUAAAUGGAACGGAAGUGUCCAAGCAAGCUGCUGAUAUGAUUCUUCUCGAUGAUAAUUUUGCAUCUAUAGUCUUAGGCAUUAAAGAAGGCCGUAGAAUCUUUGACAACUUGAAGAAAACAAUUGCUUACACUCUUACCUCAAAUACGCCUGAAAUGAUGCCCUUUGUACUCUACGCUUGCUUGGGCAUGCCUUUACCGUUAACAUUAAUGUUGAUUCUGGUGAUAAAUGUUGGUACAGAUUUAUUACCCGCAAUGAGUCUUGCCUAUGAGGACCCAGAAGAAGACAUUAUGUCGAUACCACCACGAAAAUCGGCUGAUCAUCUAGUUAAUAGAGUACUUAUUUUCAUGGCAUACUUUCAAAUUGGAUUAAUUCAAUUUUUUGCUGGGAUGUACGCUUAUUUCAUAGUGUACGCACAGGAUGGUUUUUAUCCUUCCAGCUUGAUAUUUAUUCGUAGUGAAUGGGAAUCUAGGGCAAAUGUCGUCAAGGAUACGCUUGGACGACCGUGGUACUAUGAGGACAGAAAACGAAUAGAAAAGAAGGCGCAGACUGCUUAUUUCGUGUCUGUGUGUUGGACUCAAAUAUCGGAUGUUAUAAUUUGUAAGACGAGACGAAUAUCACUUCUGAAGAAGGGUAUGCGGAAUCAUGUAUUGAACGUAAGUAUCGUGGUAGAUUUGAUAGCUGCUGUGAUCGCAACUUAUUUGCCUAUAUGCCAUGAAGUAUUCAAUACGGAGCCAUUAUCAUGGUAUGACUUCUUCCUUGCUGUUCCAUUUAUGUUUCUCAUGGUAAUUGGCGACGAGAUGAGGCGUCACUUGAUUAGAAAUAAUAUUUCUAAGUGGGUUGAGCAGGAAACUUAUUAUUAAAUGAUAGUUGUUAGAUAAGUUUGUCAAUUACA